UCACUUCCGGCGCGAGGGGCCGAGCCGGCCGGGCAGGGAGUGCGGGUCGGUUCAGUGCGCGCUGCCGGACAAGGCUUCCGCCGCCGAUAGACCCGCGCUCCGGCCCGUAGGCCGGCCGGUGAGUGCCCGCGAGUCUUUCCGUGUGUCAUGGGGGUCGGGGAGAGGGGCCCCUGAGAGGGAGAGGUAACCGGAAGUUAAGGGACUGAAGGAGAGAGACCCCAGGAAAUGGGGACACCUGGGGAAGGGGUGACAGCCGGAAGUGGGGGGCCUCAGAAGGUUGUCGACGGGACAUGGUGUCUCUGGGGCUCCAGGAGCGGUGGCUUCCUGGCCUCUUCUUGGUGGGGUGGGGAGGAAGGCGAUGCUCACAACAUGAUGGGCUCCAGGUGAGGAAGAUUCCAGGCUUCACCGUAACAAAUGGUGUUUGUACCCAUCCAUACGCCCACCCAUCAUUUCAUUCUCGAGACUGAGUCGUGCCUGAGCUUGACACUACUGAGGCCCUGGAGAUUAAACAGGAAGCUCCAGGUGGAGGGUAGAGCCCAGUGUGGGGCUAGACACGUCUUCGCAGUGCCUCACUAGGUGUGUAUCCUCCUGCACAUCACUUAACCUCCUAUCGUCAUGUGCCAGGCUAGGCCUAUAGCCUGUGGACACUACGGUCUAUCUCCCAGGGACCCUGGUAGCUAAUGUCAGAAGAAAGUGACUCUCUGCGGACCAGCCCCUCUGUGGCCUCACUCUCGGAAAAUGAGCUGCCGCCACCGGCCGAACCUCCCGGCUACGUGUGCUCGCUGACGGAAGACCUGGUCACCAAAGCCAGGGAGGAGCUGCAGGAGAAGCCGGAAUGGAGACUUCGAGACGUGCAGGCCCUCCGUGACAUGGUGCGGAAGGAGUGCCCGAACCUGAGCACCUCCCUGGACGAUGCCUUCCUGCUGCGCUUCCUCCGAGCCCGCAAGUUCGAUUACGACCGGGCCCUGCAGCUCCUGGUCAACUACCACAGCUGCAGGAGAAGCUGGCCCGAGGUCUUCAACAACCUGAAGCCCUCGGCCUUGAAGGAUGUCCUCGCCUCUGGAUUCCUCACCGUGCUGCCCCACACCGACCCCCGGGGCUGCCAUAUCCUCUGCAUGCGCCCAGACAGAUGGAUACCGAGCAACUAUCCAAUUACUGAAAACAUCCGAGCCAUAUACUUGACAUUAGAAAAACUUAUUCAGUCUGAAGAAACCCAGGUGAAUGGAAUUGUAAUUCUUGCAGACUACAAAGGCGUGAGCUUAUCAAAAGCAUCUCACUUUGGCCCUUUUAUAGCCAAAAAGGUGAUUGGCAUCCUUCAGGAUGGCUUCCCCAUUCGGAUAAAAGCAGUCCAUGUAGUGAAUGAACCUCGAAUAUUUAAAGGCAUUUUUGCCAUCAUAAAACCAUUUCUGAAGGAGAAAAUAGCAAACAGAUUUUUCCUCCAUGGGUCUGACCUGAACUCUCUCCACACAAGCCUUCCCAGAAGCAUUCUCCCCAAGGAGUACGGGGGCACGGCUGGAGAGCUGGACAUCACUGCCUGGAACGCAGUGCUGCUGGCCUCGGAGGAGGACUUCGUGAGAGAGUUCUGCCAACCUGUCCCUGUCUGCGACAGCAUCCUGGGCCAGGCCCUGCCACCUGAGGGGCUGACCUCAGAUGCGCAGUGUGAUGAUUCCCUGCGGGCCGUGAAAUCACAGCUCUAUUCCUGCUAUUAGCCAGUCCCCUGUGAGUGCCACCAUCUUUAAAUGCUUUCCUUUUUCUUUGGGAGGCGCAAGGAGAGUUUGAGGUGCCAAGGAGUUGGUCUUGCUCCUUGUAACGAAAUUGCAGCCUGUAGAGCUCAGAGGGUGAGCCACAGGGUAAGCCCUUGGUGACUUGAAUUAAUCCAUGGAGGACAUGGAAAAUGUCCCCAGUGAUUCCCGAACAUUUGGAAUCCCAGUUUGCAACCAUUAAUCUGGAAGCUGUAUCUGGUUCUUAGAGAUCUUGAAACAAGAAAAAUCAGGACCAAAGUCACUUCGGUCCCACAUUCCAGGAGAAAACCACCUGACCGGCCAGUCAGCACACUCCUAUGAAAGAACCUGGCCAAGCCUACAAGGUGGCCACAUAGGAGACUUCGGGAGUUUGUUUCUUUCACCUGAACCCUAACUACAGACUUGUGUUGCUCAUCAGGAAAUUUCUAGUUUGAGGCCCAGGCCCCAGCUGCCACACUGGGUUUGGAAAGCACCUUAACUGAAUCAUGGGAGCAUCAGGACAUAAGCAGCGCUUCCUGAUCAAAUUUGGGAGCCAGAGACUUCAAAGCAUCUCUGGGAUUCAUUGGCAGACUCCUGCAAUAGAAACUGAAGUUUUCCCAAACCCAUAAAGCCUUAGCCCUGGUUCUCAAUAGAAUUGUACAGGAUCCUAGAGGCACGUGAUUUUACUCAACCUAAAACGCUAGAUGUCAGGCCUGAGGAGCUGAAAGAAUUCUGGCCCAAGAAUGAAGAGACCAGGGCUCCAGCCCCAGAGGUGUGACUGAGGACAAGACCUGGGCCUCUGUGGGCCUCACCUUUCUCAUCUGUAAAAUGAGGCUGGAUGAAAGGACACCUAGGACACCUGUUGACGUUCUGGGAUUUGGUUUAGUAAUUGAAUGCUAGACAUUGGUUUUCUGCCUAGAAAAAUGGCUCUCUAGAGACAAGUGGUUGGAUCCUGCUUUUUUGUGGUACACCUGGACCUUUUCAAGAGGCACGUGACACCAUCUGGCCCUGACUUUAAGGAAAGUAGUAUGUAUAUUCUGGGGACCUGGCAAUAACCAACUUCCUUUUUUGUAGGGAGGGUUAAACUGGAAAAGGGCAGGUUAGAUGACCAGCGUUCUGUGAAUUCCUUCUAUCCCUGAGGCUCUGGUGGUACACUGGAAACCUGGCAGCAGGGAAUAGCUAAAUUAUUUGGGAUUCUUAAAUUUUGGUGUCUGGAAAUGAAUGCAAGAGUGGGUUAUCGCUGGACACUUCUGGGGCCCCCGCCCUCCCAGAUACACUUGCAUUUCUCUUUCUGGUGUGGGCGGACAGACUUCAGCCAGCGAGACCAAAUGUUAGUUCUGCGUUUCAGCACUUUAGACCCUUCCUGUCAAAACUUCAGCCUUAGCCCAACCAUCGACUUAGGUGGUGUUCAUCUGGUGGCUUUUGACCUAUUUCCUUUCAUAUUCAUUCCUUGAAAAUUAUGGCGUUAAAAAGCAACAAGUACUAUGUGUUGUCUAAGUACCUUCUCCGUGCAUUUAUGAGACCACCAGGCAAAGGGACAGCAGCUCAGUUAGGAAGAGGACAGUGCUCUGAAACACAAAGGCCAGUCUAUUGUUAAUAAGCUCUUCAUCUUCACGGCACUGUUUAAAAUGCCUGGAGAAGUUGAUGGUGAAAAUGAUUCACCUCAUUAGUGCCAACCCCAGGGAAGGCUCAUCCCCGUAGAUACUAACCCUGGAUCCUCUAGGGACCUGGCAGAGCUGGGAGUGCCAGCAUGCAGACCCCUGGCAGCCUCCAGUUCCAUCUGCCAAGGACAGUAUGACCAGCACUGCUGAAAAGAUCUCAACAGCACAAGCAGGAUGGCUAAAGUAGGUUUAGAACCCAACUGCUUGGAUGUGGGAAUUGGUUAGAGGCGUUCUUAGACCUCAGAGAGGAAAGAGAGAUUAAAAAACAAAACCACCCCCCCCCCAAGCUAGAGAGAGGGAGAGACAAACUGCUCAGCCCCACCAACCCCAGUUUACAUGCUGCACUGUGUUCCUGGCCAGUUUUGCCCGUGUCCAUUUUACUUUAAAAGCUUACGUGUACGGAAGCUCACCUAGACCAGAUCUCCAAGACCUGGAUGUUACCCAUUUCCUAGGGCUUUGCAGUGGGCCCAAGGAGCGGUUUCAUUCAGCUUCUGCAAGGAGUCAGAGCCGAGACUUGUCCCUUCUAAGCUGCUGUGCUUUAUUUGGGUUCCAAAGAGAGAUCAAAUAGUUUGGACAUCUCAGGAAGUCUGAACCAAGCUGUGAAAGCAGGACCUCCCUGGGUGAAAAUCAAGGCAGCUUCUGUGCGGCCUCACCAGGGGUCUGUAGAGAGCUGCCCCAGCCGGAUGGGGGAAGGACCAGGGGAGCACACGGUGAGCCUGACUCAGGAGCCGGGGCCGCUGAUGGGGCAAACAAGUGAGCAUUGGGAGAACUGGGAGUGUUUUCUUUCACGGAGAAGUUCUGGCCCAUUUCACAAACGUCUGAAAAGUAACUUUUCCCUAAAUUCAGGGUACUGUGGGUACAUGGGGAAAGGAGGAGUCUAUCAGGAGACCUGAGUUCUGGCUUUACACUGCUACGUGGCCCUGGAUGAGGCCCUGAAUCACAUGAUAAAAGGGAUCCCCACUUUGAGCUCUGAACCCUCUGUUUUAGGCAUCAUUUGGCUUUACAGCCACAGGGACAUUAUACUCUACCUUUUAGAAGCCUUAUUCUCCCCCCCCCCAAAUCUGGAUUAUUUUAUAGGAAAUGUAGGCCUGAAUGAAUUGACAUCUGAAGCUCCCAAAUGAAUCUGUAAGCUUAGGUAAUAUGAGGGUUUUCUUCCCCUUCUCUUACACAGAGUCUGGAAAAUUGUGCCUCUUCCUGGAAUUCUGUUCUACUUCACAGGGAGAGGCCGGAAGAAACGUACAGAAACAACUGUGCGACUCUGGCCUCCCCUCCCGAGCCUAUUUGCUUGGGACAGAAGUGGCUUUAGCUUCCCCAUACUUCAUCUCGCUUUCACAAGGAGCCACUUGUCCUUAGAGGUUUACAAACACUUCAGCUCGUAAACUACAUUUUUGCCAGACUGAGAGGACAGUAAGAGGUAUUUUCCCCAAAUUCCCAUGAGAUACUGAGCCUUUCUGAAUUCUCCUUGGGUGGGCAGUCUCUUUAAAUGCCACCGGAUUCUCAGGUCAUGGGAUUACUUUUUCACUUGCAUAGGCAAAAGCUGUGGCAUUGUUGUGGCAUUAUUAUAAUACUUCAUCUUAAAGUUUUUAGCUUUUAAGGUUUUCCUUUGAAGCCCCUUCUUUCACCGAGGAAGUGAAGUGUUAGCAAAGGUAAUGAAUGCAAGUGUGGCUGUUCUGUGGAUAUGCGGAGACACCAAACUGAAACCUCUCAAAUGUCUGGGAAAGAGGCCCGUCUGGUGAUGUCUCUCAGCAUUGGGAUCUGUUAAUUUUGUAAAUCUAGAGUAAAUUCCUUUCUGCUUUCCCGACUCAGAACUGGUUUGCUUGAAAUGUAAGCGACAGGCAUCGACAGUGUCAAAUACCCCUCCUUAACAGAGAGCUAGCUCCACAGGAAGGCCCAGUGUGACUCGUGGAGGGAGAGGCUAGUGAUGAACGUACUGUUGGCCAAUUCACUGCUUCUCCUUUGGUCUCACUGGGCGGCACGUUCAGUUGGGCAGAAAGUCAGCUGCUGCCAGGGAUUGUGUGGAUAUGCCUCCACCUCUUGGCACAUCCGGUGGUCAACGCCUGAAGCCUCUCAGGGGCCAAGAGCCCCUGAUCCCACUCUGCCAGGGUGGGAGGCGGGCUAAUUUUCUGACCAGAUGGGGGCACCAUUUCAGCCACUGGUCCCAUUCCUCGCAUCAAACUGAAAUUCAGUUUAGCUUUGAGUAUAUUCAUCUACUUCAGUAUUUGUUUUGACCAAAAGUUUAUUUUUCUAGUGCAUUUUCUAUGUCAAAGUGGUGAGACCAUGUAAUUUUAGUAUGCAUGACUGGGUCUUAAUAAACAUCCCUGUAAUGUUAUGUGUGGAGUUCUUCUGUGACAAUGACAGUUUAGAUAAAGCCUCUGAAGUUUUAUUAUUCAUGGUACCUCAUGGCCCUGGUAGAGCCUCCCUCCAGGUCGGGCAGGGCCCGGCGGCAACACAGUGCACCUGCAGUUUUUGGGCCGGCUACUCUGAAGAUCUUGCACGCUUAGAAGACACCAGUGCAUACAAAGAAUGGCACUUGAUAUACACAGUGGUAGAGACAAUAUGCAAAUUUUUCAGUUCUUAAAGCUGUCCCUUCUAGACCUCAUUUAAUCUUAAUUAAGUAGUAUUACUGCCCCUGUGGGGGAAAUGAGGCCUGGAGAAGUUAAGCAGCUUGCCCAAGGACACACAGUCAAAAGUGGAGCUGGGCUUCAAAGCCAGGUAGUCAGACUCUAGUCCAACUUCUCCUGAUGGUUAGAGCCAGGCUGUUUGCCUUUUACUGUCAUUCAUCCUCUGACAGAAUACAGAAGGAAAGAAUUUUUUUUAUAGGGGAAGUCUAAAAAUUAGGUUGUUUUCUGGCUUCUUGUAAAAUCUAAAGUGGAGGUUCUUAACUUCUGAGACCCAGGCUGUAACUGAACAUUUUAUUCUGGAAGCACUUGUAAGUAAACCCAGACUCCUUGAGGGAUAAUGAGGUGCGGCUUGAUGAACUCUGGUCCCAUGCAUGCUUAGCUGUUUCUCUACCUGCUCCCUGUUGGUUUCUAUACAGGAGUGUGUGGUCUGCCCCACAGGAGACAAAAAAGCUAGGCGCCACGGUGGGUCAGCUGGGAAACAGUCUCAUGCAGGACAUCCGUACACUUACCGCAGACUUGUGGUGAUGCAACAGUAAGUUCUUACACUGCAACACGCCAGCUCUUCAGGUCAGCUUUCCUAAGGAAGCCGUGGCCCUAAACUCAGUCCAUUUCUCACCUCUGGAAAAACGGACUACUGGCUCCAACCCAUGCAGCACAGUUACAAGGAUCAGCAGGUGCUUCACAAGCCGUGGGAGUUAUUUCCCAUGUGAGGAGUGCAUGCUUUUCUGAAAUACCUCUCCGUUUUUCCCAGUGCCCGCUCCUCACAUAGCGCUGGUCUGGCAAGCCUGUAACUGAGGCAGAUGUGUCCUGCUACCGCAUUUAAAGCUGGUGAGGAAGAAAAUCCUUUAGGGUUGCCACUUUUCUGGAAACAAACGGUUUUAACCAAAUGUUCACCCUCUUACCUGAUAAGGUGCCAGGGGAUUACUUCUCUUCCUUCGUUGGUGAUGGGUAGUUUGACAGCAUGUCCUUAAGCAGUCCCCAGUUAUCUUGAUGCCUAAAACUUUAUGCCAAGAGACAAUGGGGUCUAACUGAAAAAAGAACUCUCAAGGCCUGGUUUAUUUCUCUGUUUUGCCUCUUACUGAGUAACUAUGGGCAAGUCCCUAACUUUUCUAAGCCUCAGUCUGAUCUGUCAAAGGGGGAGAAGAAUCCCCACCUUCCAGGGGCGUGGACAGUGUCUCUUCAUAGCUGGGCACACACACAGUUUCUUGGUCACUACUCUUCACCUGAGGAGACAGCUUGUGUGUGGCUUGAAUCACUCAGCAGUGAUUAGGACACCACUGAGAAGGCUGCCUGAUUUGGGCUCCUAGGUAACAGGAUGGAUAGAACACCAUGAAAGGAGAAAAGAAACAAGCAGCAGCUCUUGUUGAUAAGAUAAGCCUGGUACCCACCAUCAGUCUGCAGAGCUCGAAAGCCUGACUCCUGUUACUGAACACUCUUGUGUGAAUGUAUAAAAAGGAAAAGGACUUGUAAUGGAUAAAAACAUGUGCUGGUUCACGGCUUGGUCCAGAACAUCAAUAGCAGCAAUAACCAGGUCCAUGGCCAUUCUUUGGCAGGAUCCUUGAUGGAUAAGAGAAGCUUUUACUUCAUGAGUACCUUGCUAGACCAGUCUGGAGAGUAAACAUCCGGUAGGGCCACAUGGGCCUACAACAAGCACAAGCCUUCUCUCAGUAGCUCUAACCAGGUAAAGGUGCCUCGGAUGAAUUCCUAGACCAUACUGCUGACCUCAAAGCCAGGCCGUCAAUCUGCAAUCCUGAGGGACAGGUCCAUUCCUGGUGAUGAAACACCAGAUGACUUAUGUGGAAUGAGAGGACACCAUGAGGUCUGAUGAGUCAAAACACUCGCCUGCUUUCAAGUAUGAUCCUGGGCUUACUCGACCUGCUGAUAUGAUUUAUGCUUGUGUAUAAUUCAGUACUCCCGAGUACGGUUCACUUAAGUCUUGAGUAAUCCUGGGUUUCCUAGCAACAGGCCAACUUAGAGUACAGUCAAGCAAACAGGGAUACUGCUCCCUAAUUUUCAAAAAAAAUUUUGUUAUUUCAAAUUAAUAUCAAAGUUAUCUUCAUGAGAAAAUAAAAACUUUAUUGGACUUUGUUACACUUA